CAAAUUCCGAGAAACAUUUUUAUUUUUUAUUUUUCUGAGCAUUUUCAGGAAAUAAUUUCAAGAAGUUUAUUCUUUUUAGUGUUCCAUAAACAAAAAAUGAUAUAGCAAAGAAAAGUUCGAAAUUCUGUUUACGAAAUUCUGCUGUGAAGAAUCUAAAUAAGGAGGAUGUCUAGAGCCAACCCAUUCGAUUUCAACGAAGAUGAAGCAACUAAGCAGUUCGAAAAAAAUAUCAUCUUUGGUGUCUCGCCACAUGACUCCAGCUACGUAUCAGCUCAUGAUUUCAUGAAGAAGUCAUUAGCGGCAGCGAAUAUGUUGAAUGAUGAAGAGGACGACUUAAGUCAAAUCACUGCAACAAAUCAAGCUGUGGCAUUCUCAAAAAAAGCAGACGAAAUAGAUUCCCGUCCGGCAAGUAGAUCAUUUUCGAAAUCUUCAGAUGCUGCGCACUCUGCACGGGGGCAAGGGAGUCGGCCGUCAUCUUACACAAAGGAAGGUUGGUCUUCUAAAACCCCAUCUUUUACAACAAACUAUCAAAGCAUCGAUGACAUUGUUCACAACAAACCGCAAGUAUCAGGAAGUGAUUAUCAACAUUUGCAAGAUGAAUUAAUCAAAGCUAAAAAAAUGAUAGAGACACUGAAAUAUGAGAAAUGGAGCAGUUUGCCUGUCAAAGAAACAGUGAAUCGAUUGGUGGUUGGAAAGCCAUAUGCUUUGGAAGGUUAUAGAGCGUUAUCGCAAAAACAAGAACUUUUAGAUGCUGCAGUAAAAUCAAGAGAUGGAAAUGCUAUAAGUACAGUUAUCAUAUUCUUAGAGAAAACUUUAAAACCAACGCUGUUUUAUCGAGAAAUACAAAAGCGUCCUAUAGCUGUCCGCCAUUUUAUUCAAUACUUGCGAAAACACGAAAAAUGGGAAAAGUUGGAAGAUUUUUACAACAUAUUUUAUUUUAGACAUACACUUCUGCUUGAAGAAGCUGCUUAUUUGCGGUAUGAACAAGUUAACUUAAAGAAAAUUUUGACUGAUCGAAUGACAGGACUUAAUAACUGGAUUCGGGAUUAUGGCUUAAAACCUGAAGCUAGUGAGUUAGCAUCAUAUGUGAAAGAUGAGUUAACUUUACUGGAGAAGCAAAAAAUAUUAGAGGAGGAAGAUAAGGUGCGAGCUGCAGCAUCAACUGAUACUGUCAUGAAGUACCACCCACGAAUUUCAAUAGAACUAAAGUCUUUGAUGACAACCAUAUCUUAUUGCGCAUUGUAUCAUUAUGAUAAGACAUCUGCGUAUUACCCUGAAAAGUUUAAAAAGGAUUUUAAGAUCACAAAUAAACAAUACGAAUGGGCAGUACUUCCACCACGUGCUAAUCUCCAUCGUUGGGCUGAUAUACAAGAAUUGUUAACGUCGUCAGGAUUUUUAGGAUUUAAAAAAGGAGAAUCAAGCAACAUGGGAUUUGAACAAGUGGUUUCUGUCUUGCACAAAGCCCGAGCAAAUGAAGAGAUAUUAACGAAAUAUUUGAAUUUGAUAUCAAAUUCAGACUUACGACUUAAAUUUGCAGAAAAAUGUGGUAUGCACGACGUAGCUAUUGAGACAUUGGUACAGAUGCGUGACAGAAGAGGCAUGGAAGAAUACCGUUUAAAAAUUGGCAGCUCUUCAAAAUAUAGACAAAAGAUUAAUGAUUUACUUAACAAUUCUCAAAUAAAAUGGCGUUGAUGUUGCUGGACAAUGUAGCUGCCAAUAGAAGUCCUUAACGAAAUAUGAUACUCAAAGAAGUUUUUAAACUUGAUAAAGAAAAUUGAAAUGAUGUUAACCAUGUGUAUAUAUUCAGUUUAUCUUAUUUUUAUAUGUAACUCAUACACCUUAUUGUAUACAUAGCAGUAAAAACCUUUUUUUGUAAAAAAUAUAAUUUUGCUCUGUCCUCUAUAAGUUUUUUUUACCGAAAAUUCUAUUUAUUUCUAAA